CAGGACAUUGAAGAAGCGCACGCAGCGCGUCACGUGUCGAGCGGGUGAGGGCGGAAGUGGAAACUCUUGUUUUCCUGUCCCAUCCUUCCCUACCUUCGCUCGGAUACAGCUACACCGACUGGAGCUGGUGCUGCUGUGGUCCGACUGCUUUCAACUAUCAGCCCCUCAGGAUUGCAAUGGAUCAAAGUGGAGCCAGUGAAUGGCCUGGACGAGGCAGGAGACCCUCCAGUCCCUCCUCUGGGACGCCCAUGGGUGCCAAGGGACAAGCUGCACAGAACAGUCAGAGGCCCAAAGUAAAGAUAACUCCCUUCCACAGCUCGCCCAUAGUCAGCGGUGAUGGAGCUCUCCGCAGCAAACGGCCAGGAGCUUCUGGGAGACCGCUGGCAUCCCCUGGCAGCCUGUUGCUGGACACACCUUGUCGGCUGAUUGCUCCCCCUGUCAGAGAGAGACUUGCUGCUGCUGCUGCUGGUGCUGCUGCUGGUGCUGCUGCUGGUGCUGCUGGGAGCUCAGGGGAACAGACUCCCAGUUCAGGCUCUGUUCUGGCUACAACAGGAGAAAAGGCACAAGCCGCUGGCAGGAAGGCACCAAAAUUGAGCCUGGCAGACUCUGUGAAGUCUGGACCACCAUCUACCACAGCGCUUCGUCACAGCCAGAAAGGCAAAGGCAAAGAGAGGAGAGCUGUCUCCACCUCCGUCAAACCUCAGUCAGCUGUGAAGAGGAAGAAGAGAAAGAUGGGAAUGUACAACCUGGUCCCCAAGAAGAAGGCCAAAGCACUUAAACUGCAGGGCAAGAAAGAGGAGUCAGGAACCCGUAUAGAGAAGAACAGAACUGCAGCAGAUAAGAAACCAGUGAUUCUAUCAGAGACUGUAAAGCCCGCAAAGCUGCCAGCUGCCAAAAAUGAAUCACUGACAGAGGUGGAACCUGGAGAAGGCAGCCACGUUGAAUACACAGAGCUGACUUUGGACUGUCUGGACCUGAAAGCUCAGGAAGAGCUGCUCUCCCCUCCCCCGUCUAGUGGUGUAGCAGCAGAUGCAGAGGUGACAGAAACAGACCUGGCUGAGGAGUUGCCACUGUGCUGCUGUCGUAUGGAGACUCCUCACAGCGGAGGCAGUCUGUCCACACUGGAGCAGACUUGCAUGGCCAUGGAGAGCACGGAUGGAAUGCUGAGUCGCUGCCAGAAGCGAGUAAUGAAACAGGAAAUGAUGCGACCCUCCAACACGGUCCAUCUGCUGGUUCUGUGUGAAGACCACCGGGCCGGGAUGGUUAAGCACCAGUGCUGCCCCGGCUGUGGACUCUUCUGCAGAGCGUUUCUUUUUCUUCUUACCAAUUUCCAUGUCCAUCUACCUCUCAUCUCCUUAUCCUUAUCCUCUGUGUCAUCUCCUGCUUCCUCUCACUCCUCCCUGCUAACCAGGGGUGCUUUUAUCUCAGGACACCCUUCUGCAGUAGCAGGGGGCUACAUGGACAGAGGCACCUUUAUGGAGUGCAGGCCAUACGGCAGCAUCUCCCACCGCUUUCACAGAGACUGUGCCUCCAUCUUGAAGGAUCUCAAGUUUUGCCCCCACUGUGGAGAGGAUGCCAGCAGGGCGAAAGAGGUCACCGUGUCAAAUGCUGAUCCGUCGCCCUCUGUACCCAGGUCGAACCCUGGGCCAUUGCUACCCACUGUGGCCACACUGCCAUCAGUACCAACCACGCCUGCUGUUCCACAGAUACUCAGAGCUAAGAAAACCAGCGAGCCACAGAGGAGCAGAGACGAGAGCCCGAACAGGUUAAAGGGCGAGGCUGUGGGCACUGCAGAUAGACUACCUAAAGAGUCACUGGAGAGCAUCCUAAUGGCACUGGAUGAUGAGAACCUGAAACCAAAGAAAGUGAAGUACCCCACCAGACAGCUGUACAUCUCUGCAAAACAAGGCGAGCUCCAGAAGGUCAUUCGUCUUCUAGUUGAUGGAAAGGACCCCAACUUUUUAAUGGAGGGCCAAAACAAACGCACCCCUCUUCAUGCAGCAGCUGCUGAGGGCCACCAGGAGGUCUGCCACAUGCUGGUCCAGGCUGGAGCCAACCUGGACAUGUUUGAUGAGGAGCAGAGAACGCCACUGAUGGCGGCCUGUGAAAACAACCAUCUGGACACAGUGAAGUACCUGCUGAGAGCUGGAGCAGCUGUCAGCCACAAGGAUAUCAUGGGUUUCACCUGUCUGCAUCUGGCAGCUAAACUGGGACAUUAUGACAUAGUCCAUCAUCUGCUGUCCAAGGCAUCCAAAUACAUCAACUGUCAGGAUGAUGGUGGAUGGACUGCCAUCACCUGGGCCAUCGAGUACAAGCACAAGGAGCUGGUCCACCUGCUGCUGGCCAAAGGGGCUGAUGUUAACAUCAGAGACAAGGAAGAGAACGUCUGCCUGCACUGGGCGGCUCUGUCGGGCUGUGACGACAUUGCCCAGGCUCUGCUUGAUGCUCGAUGUGACCUCACCGCUGUCAACGUUCACGGUGACUCACCGCUUCAUGUCGCUGUCAGAGAGAACCACCUGGAGUGUGUGAUGUUGUUUUUGUCUCGUGGUGCUGACGUCAAUCAGAGGAACAGGGAUGGAGAGGCGGCUCCGGACUGCUGUGUCUACGGCUCCAAGGUGUGGACGGCCCUCAAUGCCAACAAGAAGCUGACUGACGCCAGGAGAGGCAGGGACUGUCAAGGGGAAAGAGUACUCAGCAGGGACAUUUCUCGGGGCUAUGAGGCAGUUCCUAUCACCUGUGUUAAUGGUGUCGACAGCGAGCCGUGCCCUGAAAACUUUAAAUACAUACCAGACAACUGUGUCACCUCCCCACUGAACAUAGACAAGGACAUCACUCACUUACAGCACUGCAGCUGCACAGACGACUGCUCGUCCAGUACCUGCGUGUGCGGCCAGCUCAGUCUGCGAUGUUGGUAUGACAGCGAGGGUCGACUACCUCUGGACUUCUGUCAGCGGGAGCCUCCAGUGCUGUUUGAGUGUAACCACGCCUGCUCCUGCUGGAGGACCUGCAGGAACCGAGUGGUCCAGAACGGAAUGAGAGCCCGGCUGCAGGUCUUCAGGACACAGAAGAUGGGCUGGGGAGUGAGGGCCAUGCAGGAUAUCCCUCAAGGAACAUUCAUUUGCGAGUAUGUUGGGGAGAUCAUCACUGACGCAGAGGCCGACAAAAGGGAGAAUGACUCUUUCCUCUUCACCCUCGACAAUAAGGUGGGAGACGUACACUGUAUCGAUGCAAGACUCUUCGGCAACAUUGGCCGCUUCAUCAACCACCUGUGUGAGCCCAACGUGCUGGCUGUGAGGGUGUUCACCAUGCACCAGGAUCUACGUUUCCCCAGGAUAGCCUUCUUCUCAAGCAGGCCCAUCAAAGCCGGAGACCAGAUAGGGUUUGACUAUGGCGAUCACUACUGGAGGGUGAAGAGCAAGUUCUUCAGCUGCCAUUGUGGUUCUCUCAAGUGUCGCCACUCAGCUUCCAGCAGAUAGAAACUCACUGAUGACCACUGUUCCUUCUUUCUGUUGGACACUUCUGUGACCUCUAAUGUCAGAAACACUGCCUUCUCAACCAGAUACUACGUAAGAGUGAUGCUUUGAUUAGGUAAACACCUGACAGAUUUAUUUAUACACCUAAUAAGGUUGCUUUUCUAUCUGAUGAACACUGCAGCGUGUCAGUGUUUAACUAGUUUUAAAGAGCCAGCAAGCAGGUUAAAAAGUCUUAACAGAGGAUUUUAACAUUCAUAAAUUCUUCCUUUAAUACUGCAAAGUCUUAUAUUUGUGGAUUAAUGAAGUGGAGUAAUGUUUUUGGUAGUCUGAUCUUGUCUAUGAACGUGCUUUUUACUACAUGUCUGAUUAGCAAUUAAACACAUUUUAAAAGCA